UGCAUGUUUCGCGAGUCAAUUCAAUUAAAGAGUGAAAGUCAGACAAGGGCGAGCGCGUCAUAACUCGCGUCGAGCCUAGAAAUAAGUUCUACUUCACUUUCCCGAAAAAAAAUAAUAAUAGCAUUCCUUUAUUAAACCUUUUCACAACAUCUCAAACAUCCGACUUGAUCCUUUUGGAUGUACUCUACAUUCAACUAACAUGUCAGAUAUUCGCUCAUUCUUUGGGCCCAAGGGCGGCGCGGCAGCCCCAAAGCCAAAGCCAGCUCCGAAGAAAGUAGAAGACGAAUCUUCAAAGAGACGUACCAAAGCUCGAAAGGUUGUGCAUGAUAGUGAAGAUGACGACGACAAUGCUGGUGCUGUCGAGACGAAGAAGCCAGCAACACGAUCUUCUCCCAGGAAGAAGGUAGCCACUGAGAAAGCCCAAGGAACUGCUACUACAGCUAGUGAAUAUUUCGCAUCGAGCAAAUCGAAGACUCAACCAGCUACAAAACCCGAGCCGCCAAAAACACAGUCUAAACCAAAAGUUGAGGUACGAUCAAGUCCUAGGACUAAGAAGACUGUAGUGAAGGAUGUUACGACUACAACCAAGAAACCGGAAACCUCAUCAAAGAACCGCUCUUCCACAGCGUUCAAGCGGUACGACUUAGAUGAUGACGAUGAUGCCUUCAUGGAUGAUGAAGAUGCUGGAGAUGAUAUUUUCACUGCUGAUGCGAAGAGCCGUAAUAAGAGAAAAAAUGAUGAUUACGUUGAGGAAGAGAGUGAAGAAGAAUUCCUCCCCAAACCCAAACGGAUUGCUUCUCGUAGCAAGCCAGCCGAGAAUGAGAAAGCUCCCGCAGUAAAGAAGAGGAAGACACCCGAGGCCGCCUUAAGCGAGGAAGAGGAGGACGAUGACGAAGAACUGCCGUCUCGUAAGAAGCCAGUAACAAAGAAGCCAAGAGCCCCGAGAGCCAAAAAGACAGAUGAACCAGAAGAUCAAGAGAUCCAGGCAAUAUUGGACGAUAUUCCCAUGGUCAGACCUCCAACACCACCAGCAAAGGAUCCGGACGCCAAAUUUGACUGGAGAAAAGCGGCCGCUGGGGGAGGAAAUUCCGGCCCGCCACCGAACCCAACUGCAGAACUACCCGAAGGAGAAGAGGAUUGUCUUGCAGGCCUGACGUUUGUCUUCACUGGACAGCUGAUCUCGAUUGCACGCGAGGAUGCCCAGGCUCUAGUGAAACGAUACGGUGGGAAAAUCACUGGUGCUCCAAGUAGUAAAACUAGCUAUGUUGUUCUCGGCCAAGACGCCGGACCCAGCAAACUGGCUAAGAUUCGCCAGCAUGGCAUUAAGACUAUCAAUGAAGAAGGAUUGUUUCAACUCAUUCGCCGACUUCCUGCCGCCGGCGGGGGCAGUAAAGGCGCCGAAAAGCUUCGGGAAAAGAAAAAACUGGAGGAAGAGAAGAUUAAGGAGCAAGCCGCUGAGAUGGAACGAGAGGAGAAGGCCCGGAAAGCAGAAGCUGAAAAAUCACGAAAAGCUGCUGUCGCACGUGGCGCUGCUGGCCCCUCGCCGGCCCCAGCUCCGCUUUCUCAGCUGUGGACGGUGAAGUAUGCCCCGACUCAACCAAGUCACAUCUGUGGAAACAAGGCCGCCGUUGAAAAGAUCCAAAGCUGGCUGAGGAAUUGGCCAAAAUCCCGCAAAUUCAACUUCCAAAAAAGAGGAGCAGACGGAAUGGGUGGUGCCCGUGCCAUCAUUGUUUCCGGUCCUCCGGGUAUUGGUAAGACGACAGCAGCGCAUCUUGCUGCUAGGCUAGAAGGUUACGAUGUUCUAGAGAGUAACGCCAGUGACUCGCGCAGUAAAAAACUUGUGGAGUCUGGCGUUAGCGAAGUCUUGAACAAUACGUCUCUCAAUGGCUUCUUCGCUGGCGAAGGCAAGAAGGUGGACCAAGACAAGAAGAAAAUUGUACUUGUCAUGGACGAAGUCGAUGGUAUGUCUGCUGGUGAUCGUGGAGGCGUAGGUGCUCUUGCGAAGUUUUGCAAAAAAACAGAAGUGCCUCUUAUUCUGAUUUGUAACGAGCGGAAACUACCAAAGAUGAAGCCGUUCGACUUUGUGACGUUUGAUGUCAAGUUUCAACGACCAACAGUCGACCAGAUUCGCUCACGAAUGAUGACAGUCUGCCAUCGAGAGGGAAUGAAAUUAUCUCCACAGGUCCUCGAUGCCCUGAUCGAAGGCAGCAAUCGGGAUAUCAGACAGAUCAUCAACAUGCUAUCCACGGUCAAGCUUGACCAAUCCUCUAUGGACUUUGACCAGAGCAAAAGCAUGUCAAAAGCAUGGGAGAAGUCAAUAGUACUGAAGCCGUGGGAUAUUUGCCAGAAAAUGCUCGGUGGCGGGCUUUUCUCUCCCGCAAGCAAAGCAACCUUGAAUGACAAGAUCGAGCUCUACUUCAAUGACCAUGAAUUCAGCUAUCUGAUGAUACAAGAGAACUACUUGCGGACUAAGCCGGCGGCUUUAAGCAAUAACCAGUACAACAAGCGAGAACAGAACCUCAAGGCUCUGGAAAUGAUCGAUAAGGCGGCAGAGAGUAUUAGCGAUGGCGACUUGGUAGAUCGGAUGAUUCAUGGUCCACAGCAGCAUUGGAGUUUAAUGCCAACUCACGCAAUAUUCAGUACAGUCCGGCCAGCUAGCUUUGUGGCUGGUCAGCUAAUAGGGUCAAACUUUACCUCUUGGCUUGGUAACAAUAGCAAGUACGGCAAGCUGGGUCGAUAUAUUCGCGAAGUCCACUCGCACAUGCGGCUCAGGUCUUCUGGGGAUCAUCACGAAAUUCGUCAGCAAUACCUGCCAGUACUCUGGACGCAGCUCAUCAAGAGACUUGCCGACGAAGGCAAGGAAUCUGUCGAGGAAGUUAUUGAGCUCAUGGAUAGCUAUUAUCUCACGAGAGAGGAUUUUGAUUUGAUCAAGGAACUCGGCGUUGGUCCGCAGGAUGAAGAACGUGUCAGCAUCGAUACUCAGACCAAGUCUACCUUUACUAGGCUGUAUAAUGCGAAAUCCCACCCCAUUCCUUUCAUAAAAGCUAGUACUAUAACAGCGCCGAAGAUGACUUCGAGGGACAAGCCAGACCUCGAGGAGGCAAUCGAAGAGGAAGAUGACGAAGCAGUGGAGGCUGUUGAAGCUGCUGACGAGGAUGAGGAUGUGGAUAUUGAGAAGGAUAAAUACAUCAAGAAGCCAAAGGCCAAGAGUGUAAAGAAGAGUAGCAAGAAAGCUGUGAAAGGGGGCGACGAGAGUGAAGAUGUGCAGCCAACAAAGAGCCGUAAAGGCAAGGCAGGUGCGGCCAAGGGCAAGGCCAAAAAAUAAUGUGUGUACCUACUAUGCACGGACACGACAAGGUUCUUACAGCAUGAAAGGAAGUUGCCUUUCUAUGCCUCGACGUACCUUAGUUAUCAUAAUGCUAAGAAACAGUUACCUGUAUGGUUAGGCUUUGGGGAAGUGGAUGAAUAAUAGUGAAGACAUUAUGAAGGUUGUAAUAGGUAUAGAGGUAGAGGUAAACGUACGCAGGUAUUUUAGAAUUCAAACUUAUGAUUCAGGGGU